AAAAAUGUGUAUCUUAUUGUUGUAUUUUGUAUCGCUUUUGGCAAUGGGGGUUCGUGGCGAUCUAAAAGUAAAUCAACCUCGGCCAUUUUUCGUGUUCGGAGACUCUUUAGUUGACAACGGCAAUAACAACUUCUUGAUUACCAUGGCACGUGCCGAUGCCCCACCAUAUGGCAUCGACACGCCUUCACAUCGUCCUAAUGGACGUUUCUCCAAUGGCCUUAACAUCCCCGACAUUAUCAGUGAGCAUAUGGGAACCGAACCCGUAUUACCUUAUUUGAGUCCGGAAUUGACACCUCAAAAACUUCCUAAUGGUGCAAACUUUGCUUCUGCCGGAAUAGGAAUACUCAAUGAUACGGGAUUUCAGUUUGCAAACGUACUUCGAAUGUCUAUGCAAAUAGAAAACUUCAUGGAGUACCAAGGGAGACUAAGUUCUUUAGUAGGUGAAAAUCAAGCCAAAGAGCUCGUUAACAAAGCUCUAGUACUUGUUUCAUUGGGUGGCAAUGAUUUCGUCAACAACUAUUUCUUGCUCAGGCCUUCUGCUAGGUCUGUCGAGUUUUCUCUUCCCGAUUAUGUCGACUACCUCAUUUCCGAGUAUCGCAAGAUUUUGAUGACUUUAUAUGGAUUGGGAGUUAGAAGGGCCAUAUUGAUGAGUCCUGGACCACUGGGUUGUGCACCUGCAGAGAUAGCGCUACGCAGUUCAAAUGGUGAAUGUGCGGCUGAACUUCAAGCUGCAGCUGAGUUGUUUAUACCGCAACUAGCCCAAAUGGUUGAAGAGAUUAAUGGUGAACUCGGUUCUCAUGUUUUCGUUGCAGCCAAUACUAGACUUAUGCAUAAAGAUAUCAUCACGGAUCCUCAAGCCUUCGGCUUUGAAAACUCAAAUGAGGCGUGUUGUGGACAAGGACCAUACAACGGGUUGGGUUUAUGUACACCAUGGUCAUCGUUGUGCGACAACAGAGAAAAAUACGUCUUUUGGGACGCCUUCCAUCCAACGGAAAGAGCCUGCAGAUUUAUCGUGAAACAGAUGAUAAGUGGCACAGAAGACUACAUGAAACCCAUGAACUUAAGUACCAUAAUGUACAUGGACUCCAACAUGUAAUUUGUUGAUUUGAAAUAUCAUAUGUAUUUCUAGGA